UUGAGAGACACUGCGUAUCUGUGCCGAGCGCCACGCGACCGGGUCGUCCGGUCGGGCCGGGUGCCGGGUGUUGUUGAAAUCAACGUGGUGGGGUUCCUUCGACGAGCCUACAACCAGAGCCUUAUGCCUUCAGUCGACUCUCGGCUCUCACUGCGACUCGAGCUGGCUGAGAUUCCGUUAAUUGAGUAUCGAGCAGCCCGAAAACGCGCCUGGCUGCUUCAGGUGCGGGGCCAUCCCGUCGCAUUGAGCAGAAGAAUCAACAGCAGCAGCAGCAGUAGCAGCAACAACGAAAGAAAAGGAAGAGGAAGAAGAGAUUUCUCUACAGUUCUCCAAUUACAUCACACACUUGGCGACUCGAGGAAGUAAACCGUGUGAGAUCCGAUAGGAUCUUAUAGAAGAUAAAAAUUGCAUCGAAGAGGCUUAUUGAGAGGAAGUGAAGGGAAUCGAAGGAGUAGUGGGGAAGGAAGUAUUCUACUGCAAGUCCUCGAGCAGUGCGAUCGGGACUUGGCGUGAGUCGACAAUCUCUAACCGAUCGCGACUGGCCUAUAGUCCGGUUACUACUCCAGUCCGAGUCAGGUCGGUCACCUCAAUGAGUUUGGAGCUUACCGUGCGCUGCACGGUUCGUUAAUAACGUGGGUGGUUGCAAGAUCGAAAAAAAAGAUCCGAAGAGAGACACCGAAAGCCGAGUGGUCAGCAGCGAAAGCAAUAGAACGGACGGUCGAAGCAAGAGGGACCAGCCGAUUAACCAGGUUUGCAGAGGGUGCGGCCGGAGCCGGAAGGGUUAAAUAGAUGCAGGAAUCUGCAAACGGCGCCGUCGUACUCUACCGAGAAAAAACAUCGGAUAUCUACGCUCGAAGAAAUUCGCGCGAACGUGCCUGAAGGACGAUUUCCUGUUCGAAUGGAUUGUGCUUGUGAAUUCCGAUUGUUUUUACAACGUUGAUAAGGGAAUCUUCUUUUCCAUAAGAAAACUGUCAUGGGAAAAUAUCGAUUUCAGCUUGUUGAAAAUUUUAUUUAGUUAGUCACCGCCAAUAGCAACAUCUGAAAAUUAUCGAGACGGAUAUUCGCAAGUACUCGCAAAAUAAAGUAUCCAUUUAUUUUGUAGCUGACAAGUAUCACAGCAUCCAGAUUUGUUAAUAACGGCUUCUUUUAUUUACUGAAGGACUCACUGAAGGAAACUUUACAUUCUCUCGAUAGUUUUAUAGAGAAUAUAUAUGGUGAAAUGAUGUAUUUAUAAAUGAUUGAUUAUAUUUAAGAUAUAUUAGUACUUGCAAUUUUCUCGGUCGAGAAAUUUCGACCUGGGACUUGUGUAAUAGUUCGGAUACAUUUCAUCUUGCUUGGAUGACACCGGACGGGAUCUAACAAGAUUUCAGGGUAGCUUAAUCAGAACGAUAUCGCAAACAUGUUGUGCGGCACAUUUAAGAAGAGAAGCAGGCAACCGGGAGACGAGUAUCGGUUGGUUAGAUCGAACACUAUGCCGAGAAUAGUAUCGGGACCGAGGGAUGUCAGCUUGGUGUCUGUGCGAAGAACAAAGUCCACGAGGACUGCCUGCACUCGACCCCUGCUGAUCAAGGACCUACUGCAUACGGGUCUUGACAAUGUGAGCUCGGCGACUCUCAGGCCCUUUAACUCGGACAUAAACACGCCGAGGAUCGACAGCUACAGGUUCUCCAUGGCGAAUCUCGAAGAUUCCCAGGAUGUCGACCUGGAUGCGAUCCUCGGUGAAUUGUGCGCCUUGGAGCGACGUUGCGACGGCGACAUCGCCGCCACUCCGGCGCCAGAUUCACAAAGAUCAGGACGACCCACCAGCGCAAGAAUCAAUCCAGGCGACAGUACUGAUAUCAAAAAUGAAGGAGGUAUGCGCACCGAUAGUCCCGAUAAUGAUAGUGCGUUCUCGGACACAGUGUCCAUGUUAUCCAGCGAAAGUUCGGCAAGUAGUAGCGGCUCCGGACACAAGCCACCUCAGACCGCCAUGCACACAGCUCCUCAGCAACAACCGCAUCAGCUUGUCGAUGCAGCGAGCAGAGCGAAGGCAGAGAAGAUCCGCCUGGCGCUGGAGAAGAUGCGCGAGGCGAGCGUACAGAAGCUCUUCAUCAAAGCGUUUACGUUGGACGGCAGCGGUAAAAGCCUCUUGGUCGACGAAGGGAUGAGCGUCGCGCACGUGUGUAGGUUGCUCGCGGACAAAAACCACGUGCCAAUGGAUCCGAAGUGGGCCGUGGUCGAGCACUUGCCUGAUCUCUUCAUGGAGAGGGUUUACGAGGAUCACGAAUUGUUGGUGGAGAAUCUUUUACUAUGGACCAGGGAUUCCAAAAACAAGUUGCUCUUCGUGGAGAGACCAGAUAAAACACAGCUAUUUCUCACGCCCGAGCGAUUUCUUCUUGGUCCCACAGAUCGUGGCGGCGGCGAGUACGACGACCACUCGAGAAAUAUCCUAUUGGAGGAGUUCUUCUCGAGCAGCAACGUCGGCGUGCCCGAGGUCGAGGGUCCGCUGUACUUGAAAUCGGACAGCAAGAAGGGCUGGAAGAGGUAUCACUUCAUUCUACGAGCCUCUGGUCUUUAUUACUGGCCGAAGGAAAAGGCGCGCACCGCUCGAGACCUUGUAUGUCUGGCGACCUUCGACGUUAAUCAGGUUUAUUAUGGCGUCGGCUGGCGGAAGAAAUACAAGGCGCCCACCGACUUUUGCUUCGCCGUGAAGCAUCCACGACUGCAACAACCCAAAUCCACCAAAUACAUCAAAUUUCUCUGCGCGGAGGAUAAUGCGUCUUUGGAGCGAUGGAUGGUUGGCAUUCGCGUUGCAAAAUACGGCAGGCAGUUGAUGGAGAAUUAUCGGGCGCUCGUAGAUGAGCUAGCGCAGGAAGAUUUGGACUUGCUGGCACAUGCCAGAUCGUGCUCGGUCAGUUCUAUUGCUACACCACCAAAUCAGACCCAGUAUAACACGACGAAUGACAACGCCAGACAGUUCGCGGAGAAUGUGAGGCACAAUAACGAAACGACAGUCGCCACGACGAGGCAAUACGAUGGCCAGAGACAGAGUUACAAUCCGGAACAACGGCAGAGUUACAACAAUGACGGCAGGCUGAGUAGAGCGAGCAGCUCCAGCUCCAGCGGAUGUUUAUCUGAUGGGGCACCGAGUAGUUGUGAGGUGGCUUUUGAAUGCGGUGAGUUUCCAACUGGCACGAUAAAACGGAAACCAUCUAUGAAUCCGAAGUUACCUCUCACAUCGAUUACGAGGCAAUUGAAGGAAGUCGGCGAAACCGUUCGAGACGAACCGGACUCUUGUCCGAGUCCAACGAGCUCGGGAUCUAGUACGCUAACUAGAAGGCACAGUCGUCGACGAAGUGGUACUGACUCCGACGGGUCCGGAACAUUGAAGAGACAUCAUAGAUCCGGAAACGCGACACCCGUCAGCCCGGUACCACCCGGCACGCCGGUGAGGGAGAGGGCGAGUCCUAUGGGAUACAGCAGAUCGGAGAGUCAAGAUUCGAAGACGCCGACGAGUCCGAUACAAGCGUGCAUGAUGGAUUCGAUUACUUCGCUGCCACCGCCACCAUCGCCGUCGAGAGUCGUCGAGGAAGUCGAAUCCGACAGCGAACCGCUUCCGCCGCCACCUCCCGAGAUGUUCCGAUCGAAUCUUUCGUUGGACUCUCUGCCACCGCCGCCGGCACCCGGCGAACUUCCGGUUUGCAACACGCCGGAGCUCACGGGCUCCUCGUUGAGUCUGGCGUCUCUGCCACCACCGCCCAGCCCGCUCGUCGGUGAAACCGGAACGAUACGUCGCGCUAGACCCAAGCAGUCCACCCCUACGAACUCUGUGACUCCCGAGAGCACGCCCACGCAUAAUCCCAAUCCUAGGUCACAAGCCAAUCAAAUAUAUACAAAUAAUAUCGCGCUGAACAGUAACUCGGUCCAAAAUUACAAUUCGAACGCGUCCCCGAACGCUCAUAACGUGAACAACACCGCCAAUUCAGUACCCUCCCCGCACAGUUCCUAUCCAGGAUCGACGGCAAGCACGCCGACCUACGCCCCGAACUCGCCUAAUUUCACAUCGCCACCACCCUUCGUGCCGCCACCGGCUUAUGGCACUCAGCCGCCAAUUACCAAUUCCCAGAGUCUCGGCCGGCAAAAUUCUAAGGUCGAAUCGAUAUAUCAGUCCGGUCAUCAUAACACGAUCCAGCCGAUCAGGCCGAAUCCCAACAUGGACACCGUCCGACGUAGCGCUAUGAAGCAAGGAACUGGCCAUUACGCAGCGCCGCCUUAUCUGGCCGAGUUAAAGGCCGCCUCCAGUCCGCAGCCGCAACGACGAGUGACCAUCCAGGAACCGCCGACGUCGCCCAAGUCAAAAACCGGAACUGGCAAGAAGAUCUCAUUCAAUCUGCCGCCCCAGCAGGAACCCGGCAGUCCCGCGUUGCCGCAAAGAAAGCCGACGCCGCCUAGAAGAUCCGACAGCACUAGGCUCACAUCACCGAAGAAGUUGGCGGCGUCUGACCAGGCGCCGCCGGGCGAUUUUCUCAAGGACCUUCAGAGGGUAAUGAGGAAGAAGUGGCAAGUUGCGCAGAAGUGCAAGCUAGAUUCGACGACGACGCCGCACGAGGUGCUCGGCUUCCGGGAUCCACCGCCCGCCGUGGCCGACUACAGAGAGACCAACGUGUCCAACUGGGUACAGGAACACUACGGCGCGGACAAUCUGUACGAGAAUGUAUACGCGACGGAUCCCCACGGACCGGUCGAGUACGCGUCCAGCCCGGCUCGGCAGACGACGGUACGGUUCGCCGAUGAGAAUCGUAGCAUGAACAUUGUCAAUGCGAUCGCUGGCAAGAGGCGGCCGCCACCACCGCCGCCCAAGAGGGCCGAAACCACGCAUCUCACGACAACCAGGGCGAUGCACUGACAAUAGCAGAUAAUUCAGCCCCAUCCCGAGAGGCGAUGGUAUUGCUGUCUCUGCGGUUGGUGGAAGGAAUGAAAAUGGUGGCGGGGGACGGCUCCGUCGACGCAAUGCUUCGUCGCUGUUUCGGGAUGUUGGGUACAUCGAGUCCAGCUUGCUAGAAAGAUUUGUCAAUGGAAGAUGAAACUUCGAAAGAUAUGUUUCUCCAGUAAAAAAUAGGUUGUAUGGUUUCGUUGCCGAGCUCUGUAUUAAAUCUUAAGAGUCGAAUAAGAAAUUAAGAAAGAAGAAAUCGUUUGGAUAACGAAAGUUAAAAAGAAAAUAUUCGAUUCUGAACGGCUCUGUAAUAAAGAAUAGAAUUGACAGAAUCUAUAAUAUCUCUAUGGAUAUCUAUAUGGACAAAGAAUCGUUCAAAUUAAGCAGCAACGAGAUUACGAAAAGUUUGAAAUUAUCACGACAAAUCGUAAGUGCAAGAGGAUGAAUGUCGACGAGCCGUCCUUACCAAAAGUUCUCCUUGACCCGCGUAAAGUAACUGCCGUUUAGAGCUGAACCGAAAGAUGAAUGACGUAAACGCUCUUUUGAACCGAGCAACGAACUGAAUUGAAUUCGAGCCCGCGACAGAGAUUCGAUGGCGUUAUGGCCGAUCAAAACAUAAGGAACACUGCCGCACAUACGAAGGAUGUGAUAUAAAUCUUAAGCACUAUGCCCACGAUCUAAGGAUCGCGUGAAGAAGAGGAGGAGGAGAAGCAACGUGACAAAACGCACGAUUUUUUAGGCAAGACGUAGGGAUUAAUUGACGAUUUUAUGCAGAAUGAAGAGUUCUGUUUGUACGCAAAUUUUAUAACCGCUAACUGCCUCGUCUGCGAUUUUCUCAAAUAUACUUGGAUGUGAUAAAUAAUAUAAAAUAACAAAUAUAAAUAUA